AUGCGGAUCAUGUCUGUCCCGUAUGAGUCGGCAUUCUUACUCUCCAGACACAAACAGGACUCUCAGUUUGUGACACCAGUUGGAGGAGACAGACCACUUGAAGGAAAAACUACGACACUUAAACAAUCCAGUCCUACAAUUGAAGAAGAAACGAAGCGUUCAGCGCCCAGUGACAAAGUUUUCAUCUGCAAAUUUCUCCCACCAAGAAAAAAAAAACUCCUUCAGCACAUAUCACUGUCUGCAAAGAAGUGUGUCGCUUCUGAACAAUCAGAGACUUCGCAAUCUCCUUCAACCGUACGUGGAAAUUGCCUUGUGCCUAAACUGAAUUGA